AUGCCCUUCUUUAGAGCAGCCAAAAAACUGGAGACAACAGAUGUUGUUCCAGAAACAAAAGUAGUACCUUCAUCAUCAUCAUCAUCAUCAUCAUCUUCAGACAUUCAGUUGCAGGCGGUGGUUUCUGAAGCUGGUAUACAGAAAACUGCUUCUCCAAAACCGGAGACAACGGAUGUUGUUCCAAAAGGAAAAGAAGUACCUUCGCCAUCAUCAUCAUCUCUAGAAAUUCAGUUGCAGACUGUGGUUUCUGAAGCCGAUAUACAGAAAACUGCUUCUCCAAAACCGGAGACACAACCAGAACAAUCCAUAACCAGACCUGUGACUGUGAGGAAGAUGUUCUGGAAGCCUGAGAAAAAGGUUUGGAAACCAGUAUCUGCCAGAUUACCAUCAUCAUAUGGAGAUAUUCAGUUGCAAACAGUGGUUCCAAGAGUCGAGAUACAGAAACCUACUUCUCCAAAACCGGCGGCACAACCAAUACAAUCCAUGUCAAUACCUGUGAGUGCUCCUAUAGUCCCUGCAAAGCAAGCUGCUCCUAAAGUAUCUGCUGUUCAAACCUCGACAUGGUCAUUUCCUCGUUCAAUGAGCUCAACUGGGCGUAUAGGUUCACAGCCACAUAACCAAACUUAUAUUCCUCAGUCCCAACAUGCCAUAGUGGGUUCAUCUGGUAUCGACAACUCAAGCUCUCAACCGAUGGUAACAAGCACAUUGCCGCCUUAUUCACAUCCGCCUCCUAUCUCGGUAUCUAGUCAGUCCGCUUUACCUAUCAACUUUGGCUCUUUGAAUGAGGUUUUAUCUAGUGGCCUCUUGUGGACCUGUGGUUCGGGUUCAAACAAAAACACAAUAACAGCCAUCAGUGGGAAUCAUGGAACGAACCCUUGCAUCAUCAAUGAUCAGUUUGACGAGUAUUUUAAAUAA